AUGCCUUUCCAGAUGUCCAGAUUAUCGUCAAGUUUCACAGCUCGCCUGGUUGGUGAACCAGAUUCAGCUUCUUACCGGGCUUACCUUCAAGAUAGCGACGGUAACCCGCUGUCAGCUAUACAUGAUAUUCCAUAUAAAGCAAACGAAGGGAAGGAAAAUGGUGUAUAUAAUAUGAUUGUGGAAGUUCCCAGAUGGACCAACGCCAAAUUGGAAAUAUCAAGAUCGGAGGAGUUAAACCCUAUUUUACAAGAUACUAAAAAAGGGAAAUUACGAUAUGUAGCCAACGUCUUUCCUUACAAGGGAUAUAUUCAUAAUUAUGGGGCUAUUCCUCAGACCUGGGAAGAUCCAAAACAUAUCGAUCCAGAGACCAAGACAGCUGGUGAUUGUGAUCCAAUUGAUGUAUGUGAAAUAGGCGAGUCAAUUGGGUACACUGGACAAGUUAAGGAAGUCAAGGUUUUGGGUUGUAUGCCUUUGAUUGACGAGGGCGAGACUGAUUGGAAAGUGCUGGCAAUUUCCGUGGAUGAUCCGUUGUCCCAGCAUCUAAAUGAUAUUGAGGAUAUUGAAAAAUAUUGCCCUGGUCUGUUAGAUGCUACCACAAGCUGGUUCCGCAAUUACAAAGUUCCUGAUGGGAAAGACAAAAACACUGUGGGAGCUGUCAAGAACCGCACUGAUACUAUUCGAAUUAUCGAGGAGUGUCAUGGUGCUUGGAAGGGUCUGAUAAAGAGAGAAGACAAUCAAUUUGGUAUCAAUGAGUAA